AUGCUAGGCAGAAAGAAGGACGAAAUGGCGCUGUCCGAUGGAAUUUGGCAGGACCGUGAGAUUCAGUUUGAUGUGGACCAGAGGUAGGUGGAUUGUCGGCGGAAAAAAGAGUCAGAAAACCAGCUGUGUCUAGAAAAUCAUAUAAAACUGGGAAAUACCCCAAGUGCGACGCUCUGAUUUUGAUGAAACUUGGCACAAAUUUAGAAUAAUCUUUUCUAAAAUUUAUGCGAGAAUCCAAGCUCUUUGCAGAAACAACCGAGAUUUUUAGAUCGAAAGGUCGGCGAAAAUUUGAGACUUUUUAACAAAUUUUGGCACAAAUAGUUUUAUACUUAUUUAUGCCAUAAAUGGUGAUGUUUCCACAAAAAAUUAAUUUUUUCCGCACGAAACUAGCAAAGUUAUGGCCAAAAAGUGUUUUUCUCUCUAAAAUCUCCGCAUUUAGCGUGCUAUCUUGGCGGCAAGGAUCGUUCAAUACCUCGGCGGCGCCUGCAAAGGGCGAGCUAAAAUUUUCAGUAAUUUAUAUUCAAUCUAUGCCCGACGUAUGUACAAAAUUUUAAAAAAAAAAUUUGAACGUCGUUUGGGGUACUUCCCUGUUUGCUGCAUAACCAGUUCUCCGUCUUUUCAGACAACUCAAGCUGAUUCCCGGCGAGUACCUGGUUGAGAGAAUCGAAAAUGUGGAAGAUACGAAAGGAAACAAUGGAGAUCGAGGGAUUCUGAGGAUAACCAAUAUACGACUAAUUUGGCAUGCGGUAAACUCGCCAAGAAUCAAUUUGAGCAUUGGAUAUAACAAUAUCCAUGGAGUUACGACAAGGAUUCUGAAGUCGGUAAGACCUCUUUCAUUAUUUUUUUAUAGUAAAGUUGUAAAAUACGCAAUUAAUUUGCAAGCCUUUUUAAACUUCAGAAAGUCCGAGGCCACGCUGAGAGCUUAUAUCUCAUGGCCAGGAAUGCAAAUACUCGGUUUGAAUUCGUCUUUACCUGCGCUAAUCCAACACAUGUGAGUUGUAAAAUACGGCUAAUUUUCGUUUUCGAUUUUUUAGACCAAACUGUUUACCACGGUAAUUGGCAUUCACCGAGCAUUCGAGACGACAAAAUUGUAUCGUGAACUCAAAAUGCGCGGAGCAUUGGUCGAUGAACAGGAAAAUCUAAGGGUUUUGCCGUUGGAGCAGCAAAUUGAACGGCUGGAUGGGGUUUGGAAUUUGAGCAGCGAGCAAGUAAGUCAUUUUUGUUGCAACCAGAGGCCAUACGAGGCCAAGAGUAGGCUUCAAAUUAACCACAUGAGGCCAAGAAGUCAUCAAAUCCGGUGUGACGACUCUUGCGGGCAACCACUUUGCUGCAGCCGACAUUUUCCGAUUAGAAUUGCGAUUUUCCUACCGUAAUCUGCAGAGUAUGACAGAAAUUUUGCAUUUUUAACUCACUGGUACUGAUAAGUACACCAAUCUAUUCAAUUCAUCCACCGCUUUCAAAGUAAUGGAAGCUUUUUUUCAAAAAAUAGUUUCUGAACCUUUAAAAAUGCCUGGUUAACUUUAUGAUAGCUUUUCAAGCCACUUAUACACCAGGAAACUUAAUCCGCAACAUCUAACUGCCAAAUCGAUCGUUUGAAUUUCCUGUUGUAAGCAAACGUUGGCUAAUUUCCAAACAUAUCCCUACAAUCUCCGUGGUUUUUUGGCUGCCCGCAAAAUGGUUGCUCGCAAGUUUGAGCCCACCUGAAGCUCGCUAAACUUAUCUAUUAUUAUUUUUCCAGGGAAAUCUCGGUGUGAUGAUAAUAACCAACGUUCGGAUUGUCUGGUAUGCCUCUAUGAACCCGCUGUACAACUGCAGUGUGCCUUUCUUGCAACUGCGGAGUUGUCGAAUCCGUGACUCAAAAUUUGGCCCAGCUUUAGUUUUGGAGACCUCAGUACAAAGUGGAGAGUAUAUUCUGGGCUUCCGAGUUGACCCAGAAGAACGGCUGAAGACUGUCUGCAAGGAGGUCCAAACUUUCCAUCAAAGCUACAUGAGCGCUCCUGUGUUUGGCGUGCAAUAUCAAAAGGACUUUGUUGUAAGUGGGAAAAGAUAUGUAUACAAAAAGUUAUCAGUCUGUCGGGAAAAUAAGGAGCUAAAUUUAGCUGCGCCAAUCGCGUCGCAGAAAUAAAAGCAAUUUGAUUUUGCCGCGACACAAUUCAUUUUCUGGGCGGCGAUGCGAUUUUCGAUGCAACAGAGUGCUCAUCAUUUACCCGAUAGAGUGAUAAUAAACUGAAACCCUUGUAGAACGAACCCCUAUACAGCAAAACCCUUCUAAAGUGAGGAAUCUCUGAGAUCCCAGAAGUAAAAUAGUAGUCCAAAAAAUGACCCUCCAAAUAACGAAAUCCUUGUAUAACGCGUAAAGCUUUUUUCACUUGCUACUUGUUGUACAGAGGUCAUACUGCUUAUUUGUUUGUUUUAUCAGUCUGUCGGGAAAAUAAUGAGCACCAUAUAGCUGCUCUGACCACGCCGCUGAAGUAUAAAUGGCAAUUUUAUUUUGCCGCGAAACGAUUCAUUUUCUAGGUGGCGAUGCGAUUUUUGACGACAGAAUGCUCAUUAUUCUCCCGACAGCCUGAUAGCUAACCUUUCUGCAGAGCACUUGACGGUGAAAAUUUAUUUUUUAACUUCCAGGGCGCUGGAUUUACAUCAAUCGAAGACCUAGAAGAAAAACCAGAGCAAGACGAUGUAGUCAUCGACAAUAAACCAAUGAGAGUUGAUGCCUUUGCUGCCUACUUCUCCGACAACUCUGGCACUGCAGAGCAACGGGCGAUCGUGUAUUCGGAAGAGCUCGGAGUGGCUGUGGAGUGCCUGAAGCCCGGGUUUACAAUGAAAGACCUGUGGUCGAUUAGUCUGGACUGA